UAAAACUAAUUCAUGUCUUUAUUUUAACAUUAAUAAGAAAAAAAUUUGCAAAAUUUUUUAUCAAAAUGUGCGCUUGUGAAUCUAGCGACAUCUCAAUUGCAAUAGUGUCUAUUUUAGCUAUAUUUUUCGAUAUCCUUGCGAGAAAGUUGUUUAAGAAGGUUGUGGAUUUCUUGCGAUAUAAGGAAUUAUUAAAUGAACCUGAGCCCCCCUUAGCUGGGAAUCUUCUUCGAGAAGUUACAGCAUUAAAAAGAAUCACUAUUCAGAUAUCGGAUGAAAAAGAAAUCCUCAAAUCCGUCUAUUAUAAGAUAGUCAACGAUGAUGAGUCAUCACUGAUGAGCUUUCAGAAAAUGCAUAAAAGUUUUGAAGAUCUUCACAAUCGGAUUAAACGUCGGUUUGUAGCGAUUGGCAAUGAAAAUAGAGCCAGGUAUCACCAAGUACAAGAAAUGGCAUUAAAUCUAAGGAAUGAAGUAUUGGCGCUAAAACUUCAGGUGGAACAGACUGAUAACCUUUUGAAGUCGCAAAAAUUGGCUCAUUUGGAAGACGAACCAUCCGAAAUUUGCAGAGAUUUUGCUGAAGUUUCUUCUCAAACUGAAGAGAGCAGUGAAAUUAUACCUAUUAAUGUUUCAGACUGUGGAGUUUCCGAAGUAGAAUGGAUGCCAUUGAAGCAGGGCGUGUUCGUUGCUAUCAUUGAAACCGAGAAACUAAAGAAGGAUGUCAUUCUCCGAAUGUUCAAUAAUUUUAGAAAAGAAUACGAACGCACUAAAGCUCUUAUAAUAACUUGCUGGGAUGGGAUAAAUGAAGAAAUCACAAGCUGCAACUCUCUUCUUGAAAAGGUGCACCACGUCAAGCAGACUAUUUUGGGUAUACAUAUAGUCCUACAUCAGCAAUUUGUGGAUGCGCAAACAAUCAGAGAAACAUUGAGAUUCUACGAUUACAAAUUUAAGAAGUCUAUACGGGGAAAUGUCGUUCGCAGGAAUAAAAAUAACGUUUGCCGUCAGGUUGCUUUGGACAGUUUGCAUAAUGCUCAUGCUGCUUUAAAUGUCGGAUCACUGGCAUUUAAAGAUAACUCAAAGGAUGUUGCCCAAAAAUUGGAUUGCUUAAGCAAGAUGGUGACGCAGUUUGGGUUUACCGCAAAGCUUUUGAAAAACGACGCUGAGCACUGCAUGUGCUCGAUGGAGAAAAAUGUCAGCAAUCUGAUUACGAACACAUCUAACCUGUCUGCUAAAAUCGAUGGGGAAUAUUGCCAGGAGAUAAGUAGACUGUCUGAAAAAUUGCUCGCUCCUGGAGAGAAGCUGUACGUUUUUCAUAAAACUUUGGAAGAAUUGCGUGCUUUGGCCGAUGAUUUGAAGUUUCCUUCCAGGCACAGUUCUUCGAACAAGUGGACAGGCAAUUUGGAAUCAAAGCAACGCGCCGCAGCAUUGAUUUCAGGUAUAAAAACUAAAACUGAAGAGUCAAAAAGUAACAAUGGUAAUUUUCGUAAAAUAAUAAAUAUAAGCGCGUAUACAAGCUUUGAAGAGGCAUUGAACCAAAUCCUGACUUACAAUGAGCUCGACAGAAAUUCAAAGGUUGGUAAAGCACGGAAAGGCUUAGAUAUCGCACUGCGAGAUAUUAGCAACGAUUACCAGACGGAAAGUUGUAACGCAUUGGCAACUGCGCGAGAAAAACGAAUUGAUAAAUUAUUUGUUGAAUAA